AUGCAGUCUUCGGAGCGGAACGGCCUAGCGAUAGCCUUGAAGAGCUACAGCUCGGCGGUGGCCCGCAUGGAGCGUACGGUUCUCCUGCCCAGCCUGCUGAGAGACGUCCCCGCUGGCAAAGACGGAGACGAGUCGUGCCGGGACCUGUACAGCGACUACCUGAUGCUGAAGGCGGCGAGAUGCAUAGUAGAGAGCGGAGCGCCGCGCCCACGAGCGCACGACAAAGGCGAAGCGGGCGUCCCAGCGGAGGCAGAGAGACUCCUACGCUUCCACUUGAACGGCCUCUUGGCCGCUGUUGAGCAACUCACGCGCAGGAGCCAGAGCUUGACUCACAAGUAUUUGGACAUCAUUGGCGUCUCCCGUUAA